CGGAGCCAAAGUCCGGAGGAAAAAGGAAUUCUCCACGACACACACACACACACACACACACACACACACACACAGAGAGAGAGAGAGGACGGUACCUACAUCAAAAUGAGAGCAAUAAGAGAGUAAGGAGGGUAUGCAAAGGUAGGGAACAGAGUUGUGAGAGAAAGGGAGAGGUGGACAUUACAGGAUAGCGGCUGAAGAAGGGGAGAGGGGGAGAGAGAGAGAGAGAGAGAGAGAGAGAGGUCGUAGACGUAUCGAAAUAGGGAGAGAGACAGAGUUCUAAACACGCACACACACACACGCACACACACAGAGAGAGAGAGAGAGAGAGAGAGAGAGAUGGCGAUGAAUUUAUUCCGCAAGCUGUCCCCCUUUUCGCCUUCAUCAGAGCACACAGAUGAGAAACAGUACUUGUUAUCUGAUCCCUCUAUGCCCAGUCCGUCGAGACUUGGGGGAGGGGAACCAGGAGGGGCAGGGGAUUGGUUGGACGGAGUGGUAGAGGGGGAGAAGAGCGAAGCUGCGGGACGCUAUUCUCUAGGGCGUCUUUAUGAAGAAGGGCAAGGGGUACCUGCAGAUUUAGCGAAGGCGGCGAGAUGUUACGCUGAUGCCGCAGAGCUUGGCUAUCCCGAUGCGGAUUAUCGGCUUGGACUGCUCUAUAAAGCCGGGAAAGGAGUGCUCCAGGAUUUGCCGCUAGCCCUUGCAUGCUUCAGAAAAGCGGGUGAGCAGGGGAAUGUGGAUGCACUGGUGGAGAUUGGGCAUUGCUAUCAGUAUGGUCUUGGCACGGCGAAGGACGAAGAGGAGGCUGCCAAGUGGUACAGGCAAGCGGCUUCCUGUGGCAAGGAGAUCACCCUCAUGGAAGCCCCUCAGGCGCAUGCUAAUGGGAAAGCGGCACCGUCUCUCGAGGAGGAUUGGCAAGACAUGGAGGCUACAGAUAAGGAGGUGGUGGCUCUAUCUGAAGUGGAUGAGUCAGAAAGUACCCCUCUUUUGGAGAAGUCUGCGCGUGAUGACGGCCAUUCUGCCAUGUCUUCAGGUGCUCAGGGUUCUGGAGUCUCUUUUGCAUCUAUCUUAGCCAAGAAAAAUACACAGCAACAACCAUCGCUCGUGGGGUUGGUUCAGGCGGUUGUCUGGCUUCGCAGGGCAGCAGAGCAAGGGGAUGCUGUCGCACAGAACAAGCUUGGUAUUUGCUGCGAAAAUGGCGAGGGUGUUGCUGCGGACCUGGAGCAGGCUGCGAACUGGUAUCGCCUCUCAGCCGAGCAAGGCAAUGCCGAUGCUCAGUUCAAUCUUGGCUAUCUCUACUUCCAUGGGAGGGGUGUUCCCAAGGACGACGUGGAGACAGUCAAAUGGUACCGCAAGGCGGCUGAUCAGGGCUAUGCGAGAGCGCAGACGAAUCUAGGGUUCUGCUAUGAGCACGGCGCAGGUUUGCCGAAGGAUGAAGUCGAGGCGGUGAAGUGGUACAGAAGGGCGGCGGAACAAGGGUACGCCCAGGCGCAGCAUAAUAUGGGCUGGUGCUGCAUUAAAGGGAUCGGCGUCGCGCAAGACUACGCAGAAGCAGCGAGAUGGUACAAGAUGGCCGCGGAACAAAGCUUCCCUGAUGCGCAGUGCAACUUAGGCAUGUGUUAUCGAGAUGGGCAGGGAGUGCCAAAGGACCUCGGGAAAGCGGAGGAAUGGUUCCGGAAAAGCGCUGACCAGGGCUUCAAGGGGGCACAAAGGAACCUGGGCUUCCUGCUGCAUGAGAAAUCAAAAGCAUCUGAUGAUGACAGUAUGGCUGUAGAAGCAGUGGAGUGGCUUCAGAAGGCCGCAGAGCAGGGCGAUUCCCUGGCGCAGAAUAAGCUUGGAGCUUGCUAUGGGAAUGGAGAGGGUGUCGGAAAGGAUGAGGCUCAGGCUGCGGAAUGGUACCGGAAGGCGGCUCUGCAAGGUAAUGCCGAGACUCAGUGCAACUUGGGUUAUCUCUAUUUCCACGGGAAGGGCGUUCCACAGGAUCAGGUAGAGGCGGUGAGAUGGUACAACAUGGCGGCCGCUCAGGGAGAUGCGAGGGCGCAAACCCACCUGGGCUACUGCUACGAGCGGGGGGCCGGAGUUGAAAAGAACGAGGCUGAGGCAGUGAAGUGGUACAAUCUUGCAGCAGAACAGGGGUAUGUUCAGGCUCAGCAUAAUUUGGGAUGGUGUUAUGAGAAGGGAAUCGGAGUCGUGAAGAGUUCGGUGGACGCCUACACGUGGUAUUACAAGGCUGCUGCACAAGGGUUUGCCGACUCGCAGAGCAACCUCGGAAUGUGUUAUCGCGACGCUCUGGGGGUGGAAAAGGAUCUGGUCCAAGCUGAAGAAUGGUUCCGCCGAGGUGCCGAGCAAGGGCUAAAGGGUGCACAGAGAAACCUUGGAUUCCUUCUUUAUGAGAAGGCCAAAUCGACCGCUCACGGAGACGAGAAAGUUAUGUCUCAGGCAGUGAAGUGGCUCCAGAAGGCCGCAGAGCAAGGCGAUGCCUUGGCGCAGAAUCAGUUGGGUGUGUGCUACGCCAAGGGGGAGGGAGUUCUCUCCAGAGACGAACUCAAGGCCGCCGAAUGGUACAAGAAAGCGGCCGCGCAGGGCAAUCCUGAUGCCCAGUGUAACCUUGGGUACCUCCAUUUCCAUGGGAUCGGCAUGAAGAAGAAUGAAGCCGAGGGUGUGCAGUGGUAUAAGCUGGCGGCCACGCAGGGUCAUUCUAGAGCGCAGACCCACUUGGGCUACUGCUAUGAAAAGGGGGCAGGCGUGCCCAAAGACACAGCCCAAGCAGCGGCUUGUUACCUGAAGGCAGCAGAGAAGGGAUAUCCACAAGCACAACACAACCUUGCCUGGUGCUUUGAGAAGGGCAUCGGCGUGCCGGUGGACUACGAGAUGGCCGUCUUGUGGUACACGAAGGCGGCGAUGCAAGGCUUCGCGGAUUCGCAAAGCAACCUCGGAAUGUCGUAUCGCGAUGGACAGGGAAAUCGACUCGGGACGUGCUUCUCCAGGGGGGAGGGGGUUCCCAAGGAUGAUGUGCAGGCUGCAGACUGGUACCGCAAAGCUGCGUCGCAAGGGAAUGGCGAUGCGCAAUGUAACUUGGGGUACUUGUAUUCGCACGGGAUCGGGGUGCCAAAGAAUGAGCCGGAGGGAGUGAAAUGGUACAAGAAGGCAGCUGAACAGGGAGAUGCGAGGGCGCAGGCGCAUCUUGGAUUCUGCUACGAGAGAGGCGUCGGAAUCGCAAAGGACGAAGUCCAGUCCGUGAAGUGGUACCGUAAAUCUGCAGAUCAGGGGUAUAUCCAGGCACAGCACAACAUGGGAUGGUGCUAUGAGCGAGGGAUCGGUGUCCCACAGGAUUACACAGAGGCUGUGAAGUUCUACCAGAAAGCAGCAUUGCAAGGGUUUGCCGAUUCCCAAAGCAACCUGGGGACAUGCCACAGAGAUGGCCUUGGAACUCCAAAGGAUUUAGCGAAAGCUGAAGAGUGGUUCUUGAAGGCAGCCGAACAAGGACUCAAAGGCGCCCGGAGGAAUCUCGGUUUCUUACUCUAUGACAAAGCCAGAGCGUCUAGAAAUAACAAUGCACUGAAGGAAGCAGUGGAGUGGUUGCAAAAGGCAGCUGAUCAGGGUGACGCUCUAGCGCAGAACAAGCUCGGAGUCUGCUAUGCAAAGGAAGAGGGUGUGCCGAAGGACGAAGCCAAGGCAGCUGAAUGGUAUCACAAGGCUGCCGAUCAGGGUAAUGCUAAUGCGCAGUGGAACCUGGGUGUUCUUUAUCUUGAAGGGAAAGGAGUGGCGAAGGACGUCAUGGAAGCAGUUAAAUGGUUUCACCGCUCCGCGGCACAGAACGAUCCGAGGGCGCAGACACACCUGGCGUACUGUUACGAGCGCGGAGUCGGGCUCGAGCGGGACGAGACACAGGCUGCUGCAUGGUACGCAAAGGCAGCAGAGCAGGGUUACGCUUACGGACAGCACAACCUUGGCUGGUGCUUUGAACAUGGCGCAGGUGUGCAGAAGAAUGUCACGGAAGCCGCUAAGUGGUACGGCAAGGCGGCCAAGCAAGGUUUUGCAAGCUCACAGUGUAAUCUGGGGAUAUGCUACAGAGAUGGGCUGGGAGUGCCUGUUGAUAUAGGCGAGGCGGAGAGGUGGUUCCGUAAAGGUGCCGAGCAAGGGCACAAGGGUUCGCAACGCAAUCUUGGCCUUUUGUUGUAUGAGAAGUCGAAAGAUAUGAUAGAGGGAGUGCGCCCCGACGACUUCUCUAUGGAGAACGCUGUGGAGUGGCUGCAGAAGGCGGCGGACCAGGGAGAUGCUCUGGCGCAGAGCCGGCUGGGUGUCUGUUACGCGAGAGGAGAGGGUGUGGCAAAGGAUGAGGCGAAGGCCGCCGAGUGGUAUCAAAAGAGUGCUGUUCAAGGGAACGCGAAUGCGCAGUGGAACCUUGGGUGCCUGUACUACGAGGGCAAGGGUGUCGAGAAGGACCUCGUCGAAGCGGUCAAGUGGCAUCAGCUUGCGGCGAACCAGGGCGACUCGCGAGCGCAGAACCACCUCGGUCACUGCUAUGAGCACGGGGAGGGAACUGCAAAGAAUGAGGUGGAGGCCACUAAGUGGUAUCUCAAGGCCGCAGAGCAAGGGUUGCCGACGGCACAGCAUAAUCUGGGAUGGUGCUUUGAGCGCGGCGUUGGUGUGGAGAAGGAUCUCAGCGAAGCGUUCAAGUGGUACGAUAAAGCGGCUGAGCAGGGACACUCGGACGCGCAGCAUCACCUAGCCCUUUGUUAUCGGGAUGGAAAAGGCAUACCGAAGAGCUACGAUCAAGCAGAAGAGUGGUUCCAUAAGGCGGCGGAACAAGGCCACAAAAGCGCGCAACGCAAUCUCGGACUCCUGCUCUACGAAAAAGCCAAGUUGUGAUGAUCAGCAGAUGUCCGUUCCUCUCAUUAUUCUCUUCUCUCUCUUCUGUUCGCUUCACCCUCAAGUAUCAUCCAGCACCGCGAUAUCUAUCCACGCUCCUUGAAUCCGCAAACGUUUGAUUAGUUUGUUGCAAGGCUGAAGAAAAGGACGAAAAGCGUGCGCACAGUGGAGUCGAAGCCAAAGGCUGUUUGCGAAAGCCAAGCGGUGGUGGUCCCUGGUGGUGUGUAACAGAUGCAUAUGACGAUAUAUACGUAUAUAUGUUGUCUCAGUCUACGACUCUACGGCUGUAUGUGAAAGACGAGCCGUUGGAACUUGGACGUCAACAGAUUCGUAAACGGCAUCGAUCUGUUGCAGCCCCCUCUUUCUCUAUCAAAUAUCCUUUUUAUCAUUCAGUUAGCGGAACUUAGUCCCUUUCAUCGAUUGAUGCCUAGAUUUUGGGAAGGAACCACAUUGUUGACUUUCUGCUUUUGUUGACUUUCUGGCUUUGUUGACUUUGACUUUGUUGACUUGCUAUUUGGCAACUUCGUGAACCCUUUUCUUGCUCCGGGGUUUUGGUUUUGAGAAUGAUGAGCGCUCCGGGGUUUUGGUUUUGAGAAUGAUGAGCCUAUUUUAAAGCUUGGGUACUUCAUUCUGGAAGGAUGACACGCAGAUUGAUUGAUACUCUGGUAAUUUGACCGACCGGAUUCAACCCCCAUUUGACAGAGAUUCAACUGUCAACGUAUAGACAGGUUUCUAUGAAGAUAGAUAGAUGCAUAAAUAAGCAGAGGAAGUCUUAGAUUGAUUGCUAGGCUUGGCGCAUCACAUAGGACGUGGUAAAGAUGCGGAAAUACGCAGGAAGACCGCUAGCUAGCAGCAUAGGUACGUACAUUGGUAGCCUGGUAGGUAGAUAGGAGGUGGAGAAAACUAAGUAAGAGGUAGGUACAUUGGUAGCCUGGUAGGUAGAUAGGAGGUGGAGAAAACUAAGUAAGGGUUGCGUUGAGACUGCAUGUGUGUGCACAUGCGUGAUUGAUUGAUUGAAUUUGAGAGAGAGAGAGAGAGAGAGAGAGAGAGAGAGAGAGAGGUGGGGAACGAGUCGUUAAAGGAAAAGAUUAGAGAUGGUGAUUGUGGGAGAGGUGAGAUGUGUCCGUUGUGCAUAUCGUAAGCAUUCUUUUAUUGAAGAUUUGAAAGGUGUCCGUGGUUGUCGGCACCCAUCUUGGUGGAGAUAGUGUCCUCUCGCUUCUCUUUUGCCGCCUCACACAUUUUCUGUUCUCAUGAGUCGUCAUGUGUGUAAGAGCGAGCUUGGAAUAAAGAACAACGUACUAG